AUGUUGCGCUUCUUAGACACUAAUUUUUUUUUCUUCUUUAUUUUUCUUGUUUCAUCUAUUCUAUUUUCUUUUCUCUUUCUCUCUGUCUCUCUCUCUCACCCUCUCUCUAUAUCUAUCUAUCUAUCUAUCUAUCUAUCUAUCUAUCUAUCUAUCUAUCUAUCUAUUACUCAUCCAAUCAAUCCUAUCACCGCCUUCUUUUUUGUCAUCUGUUUUGCUCUUCUCACGUUUUCUUUCGCUUGUCUUGCUUGUUUUUCUUUCUUUCCUUUUCUUUGUCUUUCUUUUAACUUUUUCUUUUUCUUCUUCUUUAUCACUUUUUCUGAUUUCUUGUCUUUCCUUUUUUUUAUUUCUUCAUCUCCCUUCUUUUCAUUAUUCUCUUUUUUUUCUUCUUUACGCGUUCUCUUUAUUCUUUGUCGUCUGCUGCUGAGUUUUUACGUUCCCUUUCUACGCCAUUUUUUAUUUAGCUUUUCUUUAUUUUUUUCCUUUCUGUUAUUGUCGUCCUAUUGCUUUUAUUUAUUCCUUUUCUUCGUCUCUUCUUUUAUUCCUUCUGUCAUUAAUUUUCUCUAA